UAAAAUAAUCUAUGCUCACCCCGCGCGAUUGCUCGCACUGCUCUCUCUUGCAAUUCACUUUUAAACCUUCGGUGACCAAAACAUUGCAAUAAUUUUUCUGUAACGUUAUCCAUUGUGAACUCUGAAACACUGUGGCUUGCAGCUACUAUGAGCAAGCGAAAGAAUCCAUCUACCAAUAAUAAUGUGAAUGCAGAUUUUUGCGACUUUUUAAUGGAAUUAGCUGAUUAUGAAAAAAAUGUCAGUCGUAAUAUUCAUAAAUACAAUGCCUAUCGUAAAGCUGCUAGCGUUUUAGCUGCCCAUCAUAAACGUAUUGAAUCUGGACAGGAAGCAAAGAAGUUAAAUGGUGUAGGAGAAAAAAUAUCAAAAAAAAUUGACGAGUUCUUACAAACGGGAAAAUUGAGAAAAUUAGAAAAUAUACAUAAUGACGAAAAGGCACAAGCUAUUAGUUUACUUACACGGGUUUCUGGUAUCGGUCCUGUAAAAGCUGCUGAUUUAAUUGAUAAGGGUAUAAAAACUUUAGAUGAUUUGAACAAAAACCAAGAUUUGUUAAACCACCAUCAACUGAUUGGUCUGAAGUAUUUCGAAAAUUUCGAGGAGAAGAUUCCUCGUGAAGAAAUUCAAAAAAUAGAGGCAAUAAUAAAAAAAAAUAUUUUAGAUUUAGAUUGUGAUUAUACUAUUACCAUUUGUGGCAGUUACAGGCGCGGCGCAUCACAAAGUGGCGACAUUGACGUGCUAGUUACACACCCAACGAUGAAGUUGGAUAAGGAAAAAAUCGGUGAAAAGCUUUUGAAAGAAAUAAAAGAGGCUUUAGGAGAACUCAUUGUUGACGUGAUAUCAAUGGGUGCGACGAAGUUUAUGGGCGUCUGUCGUCUGUCAGACGGACAUUUAAACCGGCGUUUGGACAUUCGGCUCAUACCAAAUGAACAGUACCACUGCGCCGUCCUUUACUUCACCGGAAGUGACGUUUUCAAUAAAAAUAUGAGAGCACAUGCUUUGGAAAAACGAUUUACACUGAAUGAAUACUCCCUGCGACCGAUCGGUGUAACCGCCGGUGCCGAUCACAUCAGAAGAAGACAUUUUCGACUACAUCGACUAUCCUUACAAGAAACCGGAAGAACGAAAUCUGUAGACAUUAUUUAUUACAUUACAAUAAUGUUAUUUAUUUUUAACACAGAACAUAAUCUCGAUAUAAUUAUAUUUAUCUCUCAAACAUUCCAUACAUUCUGUUACAAUAACGCAACUUUGGAUCAUGCACUUACAAUGAAUGAACCGUGUUGA